AUGGUGUUAAGGGCAGUCUUGACCACGGCUGUCCUCGUGGCUGGCUCAGCAGCUCAGUUCGCCCAAUUCUCCUCUGACGGGUAUUCCUUGGCAGUCAAUGUUCCUUCAGACACAGCCUCGUCAGGAAACGGCUCCAUCUAUCUUCAGAUCGGUGCUCCAAGUGGCACGCAAUGGAUAUCCUUCGGUCAGGGAACGGGCAUGGCGGGAUCCAACAUGUUCGUCGUGUAUGCCGCAGACAGCUCAAAUGUGACAGUCUCGCCCAGGCUGGGUACCGGUCAUGUUGAACCCGAUGUCAAUCCCGAUGCUUCAAUCUUUGUCCUGGAAGGCACUGGCAUUACCUCCGACGGCAUCAUGGUUGCUAAUAUUCGUUGUGACACUUGCCUCAGCUGGAAUGGCGGUAGCAUGGAUCCCACAAGCACGUCUAGCGAUUGGAUCUAUGCCCAUAAGUCAGGUGAUGUUCUCGACACAACGAGCAUCGAUGCGGAGAUUUCACUGCAUGAUGGGACUGGCCAGUUUACCCUGGACUUGACUCAGGGAACUGGGGGCAGCUCAUCAAACCCCUUUGUGGCGGCUUCCGAUGAUUCUUCCACUUCUGCGACUCCUUCAGCAACCGAGUCUGUCACUGCCACAUCAACUGAUAGUGUGUCAACUCCUACCGGAGGAGUUUCGAACCCAAUCGCAAGCUCUGAUCCAUCCUCUUCUGGUGCCAGUCAGACGGUCAGAGACCCUAAUGAGAAUGUUCGAAUCGCUCAUGCCGCCAUCAUGUCCCUAGUCUUUGUGGUCAUGUUUCCUUUGGCUGCCUUGACCGUUUAUCUUCCAUACAACAAUAAAGUCCGUCAUAUUCAUGCUCCUCUUCAAGUCCUCGGCAUCAUGUUGAUGAUCACUGGCCUUGGUCUGGGUGUCGAACUUGGAAAACGACUGGAUGAACUCGACGGCUACCACAUGGUCAUUGGCUAUAUCGUUUUUGCAUGGAUGGUCGUCAUCCAACCCGCCUUAGGCUUAGGUCAGCAUCUACAUUUCCGGAGAGUGGGUACUCGCAGCCCCAUGGGGCAUUCUCACCGCUGGCUCGGUCGUGCAUUCCUCAUUCUCGGUGUUAUUAACGGAGGCUUGGGCUUCAAGACGGCUGGCGACAUCGGAAGCGACAAUGUUCCAAACUACUCCGUCAUCAUCUACAGUGUCUUCGCAGCCGUCAUUUUCUUGGCUUACCUGGCAGUGGUACUCUUCCCAACAGUUUCGACGGAGAGAUCGGGUUCAGAUAGUCUUCCGGGCGAGAAAUCUCGACCACGAACCGAAGGCUAUGAGAUGCAUGGUCGCUCAUUCGAAAAUCCUCGAUCUAACCACAGGUAG